AAACAACAAAGGAACAGGUGCCAUAGGUGUAGGUUAUCGAGUUUCUCAGUUGAACAAAAAAUUACAAUGGGAUCGGAUGAAACUGCUUCGGAUUAUGGGGACUCCGAGACGAAGUCCUUUAAACUUGUCCCGAAGGUGUAUUCCUAUCCGCUCCUGGAUAAUCCGCAAGCCCCGCUGGCCUUGCCCACUGAGGACGGUCAGACGCUCGCUAUCCGCGGUGGCUUUACUUACUUUCACUACGGAUGCGAUGGCCACCAGGAUGCGGGCUGGGGCUGCGGCUACCGUACUCUGCAAUCGGCCAUUUCCUGGGUUUACCAACGACGGGGCAAUAUUAAGCAUGUGCCCUCCAUUCAGGAGAUCCAGAAGAUCUUGGUGGCUCUCGGUGAUAAGGGUCCGGACUUUAUAGAUUCCCACGACUGGAUCGGGACCCUCGAGGAGUUCUACGUGAUUGAUGUGCUUCUCGAGCUACCCUGCAAGAUUUUGCAUGCUAAAGAGCUCAACUCGCCGGAAAUCCUCGGUCAGAUUAGUAAAUAUUUUGAGGAGUACCAAGGUUUUAUCGCUAUGGGAGGACUAAGUGACACCGCCUCCAAGGCUAUUACAGGCUACCAUCGUAGUGCAGAAGGUCGCAUCUUCUUGCAGGUGGUGGAUCCGCAUUUCUCAGGUGUGCCCAGCUCGCGGCAGCAGUUAAUCGAUCAGGGCUACAUCCGCUGGAUGCCUGUCGACGAGUUUCCCGCUAGCACGUACAACCUGUGCCUCAUUUUGCAGCCGUAGAUGCAACUCUUAGUACUUAUUUUAGCAAUAAAACCAUCUGAACACA